GGGGGGCCUAAACGGCGGGCCGAAAGCAGAUGCCCUGCCCGUUGCGUGAUUCCAUCCCGAAUCCCGAAUUCGGCCGUGACUGUUACAUCAGUCAUCGGAAUACCCCUUUCUGCACCUGGUGUUUUUUGCUGUCUGUGGCUGGCCACUCUUUGUUCUUUUACGAGAAUUCUAGCCUGCCUCGUCUCGCCUCGCUUCGUCCAAGUUUCGUUCCUUUGCCCUCGGCAUUGCACGUAUUGCCGAUAUGGCACAAGAAACCCAGGCAAGCGACGACUGGCGAGGGCCGGAUGACCCAGACUGUCCCUACAACUGGCCCAUGUGGAAGCGCAUUUACAUGACAAGCAUCCCGGCCUUGCUCUGUGUCAACGUGUCCUUUGCUUCCUCCGUAUACACCUCUGGGGCUAACGACGUAUCUCGCGAGUUCGGAGUCUCCCACACGGAAUCUCUGCUCGGCCUUUCCCUCUUUCUCUGGGCAUUGGGUCUCGGGGCCAUCAUUGCUGCCCCCGUCAGCGAGUAUUACGGUCGUAGGGUCGUCUAUCUGGCCACCGUUCCCGUUUUUGGCUUCUUUAUUCUGGGCUCGGGACUAGCACAAAACUUUGCGACCUUGAUUGUCUGCCGCACUCUGGCUGGUUUCUUCGGGAGCGCCGUCGUUUCGGUAGGUGGAGGCACCAAUGCCGACAUCUGGGAGCCCGCGCGGGCGGGAUUCGUUUAUCCCUUCUACUUUGUGUCCCCCUUUCUUGGGCCGGCGUUUGGGCCUGUCAUCGGCGGCUUUCUCAGUGAGGCGAAAGGCUUCCGCUGGCUAGAAUGGGUCAUCCUCUUCAUGGUCACCUUCAACUACUUGUAUGCUCUCCCGCAGUUCGAGACAUACAAGAAGACGAUUCUCCAGAAGCGUGAGCGUGACGAGAAGCGAUCUAGCGCGCCGCCUUCAACGCGUGCGCCCAAGAUUGCCCUCCCGUCGAGUGCCGUCGUGCAGCGCAUCGUUCUCAAGCCCUUCAAGAUGCUCUUCGUCGAGUCUAUUGUGCUCUUCAUGACCAUCUACAUGGCAUUCAACUUUGCCGUCUUCUACAGCUUCUUCGCCGCGUUCCCCUUCAUCUUCGGCGGCAGCAAGUACAACUUCACUCCGGGCGAGCAGGGCCUGACCUUCAUCUCCAUCGCCCUGGGUUGCGUCAUCGGGUUCCUCGCCGUCGUGUACAUAGACCGUCGCACCUACCCGGCGCUAGAGGCCAAGUACGGCGUCGGUACAGUCCCGCCAGAGUACCGCCUGUACGGCGCCAUGGUCGGCUCCGCCCUGAACCCGGCGAGCCUCUUUUGGUUCGGCUGGACGGCCGAUGCGGGCGUCUACUGGCCGAGCCCCGUGGUGGCCGCCGUGCCCUUCGCCGUCGGGAAUAUCAUGGUGUACAGCAGCGGCGCGUUAUACAUCAUGAACUCGUACGGAUCGUUGCACGGCGCGAGUGCCCUCAGCGCCAACAGUCUCCUUCGGUACGCGUUCGGGGGCGCGUUUCCCAUGUUCACCGUGCAGAUGUUUUCGUCCCUGGGCAUUGGCUGGGCGAGCAGCUUGCUGGGUUUUGUGUCAGUUGUGCUGGUGCCGGUCCCGUGGGUUCUGUACAAGUACGGGAGGAGGAUAAGGGCGCAUUCUCAGUACAUUACCAUCAAGGAUCCGGUGUUGGACAAUCAAAACUCGGGGACGGAAGUGACGAGUAGCGAGGGAGAGGAGACGGGGGUCUAGAUAAAAAGUGUUAAUUGCCCAGGUUUACGGGGGCGGCUAUGGCCUGCAUUGAGGUGUUGGGGAGGUGGUCUGGCGCAGGUGAGAUGCUUUUCGGGGGCGUAGACAGACGGACAAUAGACGUAGAGGAGCAGCCUUGGCCAUUGGCGCCGGGUUACUCUCAAGAUUGUAAUGAUACCACUUCGAUGCUGCGUUCCGAGUUCCGUUUGGGGAUUGUUCGGACCGGGGAGGCGAGCGAGGCUAGCCGUCAACGAACAAUGUCCCCCCCCCCUCUUUGCCCC